AUGCGGGGUUCUAAAAGUAACUUGAUAUCUUUACGUGAGGAUGUUACAAAUGAUACUUCAGACUUGAGUGAAAUGAAAAUUUCAGAUGAAAAAGGAUCUGUUGAAAAAAGAACAAUGACUCUGAUUGGGAAGAAAGGCUAUCACGACUCUGUAUACAAAAACGCAGCGAAGAUUUUUCAAAGCAUUCGUACUGAAAAGCGUAAGGAUAGAAUAUUGGUGCGGUAUGGUGAUGGCUCAGCAUCUCCCAUGCUGACUUUUAAAGAUCAGUAUUCCCAGCGUGUAUCUUAUGAACUGGCUUUCAGUGCUCUAAAAUAUCAAAAUCUUCUUGAAGAACUUUUGGUAGAUAGUUGUGUUUACCCAUGCCAUUCAAUACCAGAUGAAUUAACCAGCUUGCUUGUUGUGAUGCUUUAUGACCUACAAGACCGAAAGUUUCAAGCACGAGAGAUCUUUGAUGAAGAGGAACCUGUAGCAGAAGUUCGGAAAAUAGAGCGUUACCUGUACAGUUUUAGGACCAAAUUGGCAGCUGCGCUAGCAAGAUGUCGCAUCAAACAUGAUGCUCUUUCAGUUGAAUACAUUCUACCAGAAAGCAUACGGAAGCAGGAACAAAGGGCUUCUGCUUUACCUUUAUGUGUUUGGAUAAACACUUUUAAAAUCAGCCCUCAAGAUGUUUUCAGAGAUUUGAAGACGAAAGGAUUCACAAGAGUUGAAUCUGUGUCAGACUUUGACCGUUAUACAUACUGUAUGGACCAGCAUUGCCAUGAUGUAUUGGUUUUUCCUUCCUCUCUGAAAGAAGAGCUGCUUAAUUUAGAUCUUUUUGCAGAUUGCAAACUCUUACUGCAGGAUAAGUCUUGCAGCCUCGCUGUACACUCUGCACAGGCGCUGUUGAAUACAGGGGAUGACAUCAUAGCGGCUCACGCAGGUUCCCAUCUGACCAUUGCCCAUAUGGCCGUGCUGGCAAAUCACAGCUUGUCCACAGUUUUCGUGUGUGGUGUGAAAUCUUCAGAAAAAGCAGCAGAAUUGAGGAACUUGUUCAGUCACAUGGGGUGUAAAAAUAUUCAGUUGUUACAUGAAGACUUUACUGAGACUGGACCAACAGACCCGAGACUUCAGAAAGCAACAGUUAUUUUGCUGCUGCCGCCGUGCUCUGGGCUGGGUGUUGGCAAUCCAAUAGACUUUAUUUUAAAUGAAAAUGGAGAUGCAGGAUUGCUAAGAGACCUUUUCCGGGGAUCUGUGUCUGAAGAUAAACUCAAUAUUCUUGCUGAGAGGCAGCUGAAUGAGUUGAUGCACGCAAUGGAAUUUAACAAAGUACAAAGUAUUGUUUACUGCACUUGUUCAGUUUACCCAGAAGAAAAUGAACUCGUAGUGAAAAAAGCAAUGGAGUCUGGAGUGGAAGGAAAUAAAGUACAACCAUAUAGGCUUAUUCCUCCUGUUUUUUCUACCUGCUCCAAUUCAAAGACUUCCACUGAAAUUUUUUUCAAAAUGGAGCCAUCAGAAUUUUCCGGUUGCUGUUUUCUAGCUGUUCUGGCACGAGAGAAAGAUUUUUCUGAAAAUGUGUCUACUAAAGACAUUCUAGCUCGUGCUGCAGCAAAAGGACUGCUAGACGGCAUUGUAGAAAAAUCAAAGGAAGAGAAGAAAAAGCAACCCAAAGUAAAACACCACAGAAGUAAUGUUACUGGUGGCGGCACACAGCCGAAGACUGCCAAGAACCUUCACCGUCAAAUGGUAUCUAACACUAAGGCGGAAGCUUCCGUGUCCAAAGCAGUGAGUAACCCCCAACAGAAGCGCGCGAGCCGGCCAAAGACCUGCGUCCAGCUGAAGGAAUCGGUCAGCCCCGUUCCGGGCACAGCCCUGCCCGCAGCGCUGAAGCACACGCCUCGGCUCUCGCCUGUGGGCAGGGCGUGCGACAGACCCGCGCUGGCUAGGAGGGCACGCGCAGAACGCAGGAGGGUUGUACUGAAGCCCGUGGAAAUUGUUUUCCCUCCAGGAGCAGCGCCGUACGCGAGCCCGCAAGGAAGCAAAGCCCAGGUGUCAGCUCGGCCCUGCUUCCACGGCUGGGCUGGAGCGAAGGGUCCGGGCGGCAGGGUACUCCCACCUUUUUUCUUCAGCGGCGAGGCCAGCCGGGCGCGCCCACCCUCGGCCCUGGUUUUGAGAAUCUUCAGGCUUUAUAGAAAUGGUCACGAGUCCUGUACAUACUCAUCAACAAACUUACAGUGUAUCUUUAUGGGAAUAGUCUUGCUGUGGGAAACUGGCAUUAUGGGAUAUUUGAAUAUCUACAUUAGAUAG